AUGAAAAUGCAUUACCUUAAAAUGUUAUUGUUUACGUUUUUAAUAAAUAUUUUAGGAUCACCCCAUAAUGAAAAUUAUCUAAAUAAUCAUUAUAAUAUAAGUAUUGUACAAAACAACACCAAAAGAACAACGAUAAAUUCAAGAUUAUUAGCACAAACGAAAAACCAUAAUCCACAUUAUCAUAAUGAUCCAGAACUCAAAGAAAUAAUUGAUAAAAUGAACGAGGAAGCAAUAAAAAAAUAUCAAAAAAUGCAUGAUCCAUAUAAACAAUUGAAAGAAGUAGUAGAAAAAAAUGGAACAAAAUAUACAGGUGGUAAUGAUGCAGAACCUAUGUCAACGCUAGAAAAAGAAUUAUUGGAAACAUAUGAAGAAACGUUUGGUGACAAAAAACAUAUUAUGUUAAAAUCGGGUAUUAACACCAAUCAAUACGACAAAUCAAUUGACGAAUCCUCAACAUGUGGAUGUACUGAUAAUAAUAAAGCGAAACUGGAAACAACAAAAGGAAAAGAUAAGUAUUUAAAACACUUAAAAGAGGGAUGUACUCGUAGUAUAUGUUUUUGUUCAGUAAGUACGGUUUUUUUAACAUUGAUAGCUUUGGCAUUUGCAAAAAAGGCUGCCGUUGCUUCUCUUGUUUAUUAUGGAGAAGCUUUUCAAAAUUGUGUAUCCUCUAGUUCAUUAUUUUAUAUAUUUGAUAGCGUUUCAUUAACUACAGCUAUUCAAACAGCAAGUAAAUGUGCUUCUCUUGCCGGUGCUACUGAUGCUGGCGGAACUGCUGCAGGUGCUGCUAUGGGAAUAUUUUAUCCCUGUGGUAUUGCAGCUUUGGUUCUACUUAUAUUAGCUGUUGUACUUAUAAUAUUAUAUAUAUGGUUGUAUAGGAGAAGAAAAAAUUCGUGGAAACAUGAAUGCAAGAAACAUUUAUGCAAGUAA